AAGAAAAUGAAACUCCUCACCCUCAACUUCCUCACCUGCGCCAUCAAAACGUGCAAAACAAACCCCGCCUCCUUCCCGCUGCACCCACGCGACGCAGAACUCGAAAUCGUUGAGACGGAGGUCAAUCUGGCGUUUCUGAAAAACAUCUUGCCGCGGAUCUUGUGGGAGGAGUUGCGGGGCAUUUGCAGUGAGCUCGGUCUCCCUGCUCUCCCGCCCACAGCGCCUACGCCUGCGGAUCUCGUUGAACCGUCGUCUACCUCGGCUUCAGCUCUAGAUACACCGGAUUCGGCGCCAGCGGGUGCAGAACAACAAGAGGAAGAGGAAGAAGAGCCGAGCCAGACGGCAAAGGAUCUGCAUAGAGUGCUGCUUGAAACGUGCAUAAAAGAGGGGAAAUUGGUGUGUGGUGCGUGUGAGCAUGAGUAUGCGGUUAAAGAAGGUGUGGCGAAUUUCUUGCUGCCGGGGCAUUUGGUGUAAGGUGUAAGGAGCAUAUGUGUGUGGGGAAUUAAGAGAGAGAGAGAGAAAGAGAGGAGCAUGUUUGUUACUGUGGGGCUUGAAAAGAUGGGGGAAUGCGCGGGGGAAAAGAGACUAGCAGUCGAGUCUGCGACGUCUGUCAUGAGAUGAGGUGGUUUUCGAGGCGCAUACAGAGGGCAAUGCAGUUACGGGGCGAAAUGGGCGACGCAUCCGCAUACAGCACUUCUGCCACUACGUCCACAUGUCGGUGGACUUUCUCAGCCGACCCGCGGAAAAAUGAGGGAGAGAGAGAGAGAAU